GGCCUGGCCCUGACGUCAGGGGAAGGCGUGCGGAUGAGUGUGUGUGUGCGAGGCGCACAUCAUAGACACAUCAGAUACCGCAGAUCCAUCAGGAGGCAGCGGGCAGGCAGGCAGCCGGAGGAAGCCCCCCUCAGAGCCGGGCUGCAGGCGAGACCGCUGCCCCUCGCAAGGCAGCGGAGGAGCGUUCAGCCCCGGCGAGCACCGAUGCUUUGCGGAGCGCAGCUCCAGGGAGCCCGUGACUGCUAAGGAGGUCAUAGGCAGCAGACCCAGGCACCGGGGCACCCUUCCUCCUGCCACUUGCCCACCCACCCAGCCCCAAAAUGGAGGAGCCCACCGGCCCCACGAUGUCGUCAGACCCCAACGCCCCACCAGCAGUACCACCCCUGCACUCCCCCAAGUCACCCGUGUGGCCCACCUUCCCAUUCCAGCGGGAGGGCAGCCGCAUCUGGGAGCGGGGCAACCUCCUGCUGCGGGAUCUACCCAGCCCCCUCCCCACCAAAAGGACCAGGACCUACUCGGCGACAGCUCGUGCCUCCGCCGGCCCCAUCUUCAAGGGUGUCUGCAAGCAGUUCUCACGGUCCCAGGGCCACGGGUUCAUCACCCCUGAGAACGGCUCAGAGGACAUUUUUGUCCACGUGUCAGACAUUGAAGGGGAGUACGUCCCAGUGGAGGGGGAUGAGGUGACGUACAAGAUCUGCCCCAUCCCUCCCAAGAACCAGAAGUUCCAGGCAGUGGAGGUGGUCCUCACCAACCUGGCACCCCACACGAAGCACGAGACAUGGUCCGGACAGAUUAUUGGCUCCUAGGUGCCCAGGAAGGAGCCACUGGCCACUCGGCCCCAUAGUACAAGCCUGCUUGCCCACUCACAGGGGGCACGGGGGGAGCCAAGGCGGCGAUGGGGCUGGGGCCGCCCCCAAGCCCACAGGCGUUUGCAUUUGGUGUCUUUUAUAAGGUUAUGAUUUCCUUUCUGUGUGUGUGUUUGUAACUGUCUGUCAAGGGGGGACGGGGGAAGCUGAGCCCUCCCAUGCCAGCCCCCAGCUCCAGGGGCAGUGGAGCCCCAUGUCCCCUUUCUUGCCCCUGAAGCCACGGGGAGCAGGGGAACCUGUCCUACUCUCCAGCGCCCUGCCUGCUCCAGUGCUGAGAGCCAGAGGUGGGGGGGAGGCUGGAGAGGCUCAGCUCAUCCUCCUGGAACCUGCUCUGGGAAGAUGGACCCCUCACUUCAUCCCCACUGCCUGCAGCACCGCAGCAGUGGGGCAUGCCAUGGGGCUGGGGGGAGUAGGGCAGUGUGUGGGGUGGCAUAUCACUGUGCAGGGACUGGGUGGCUGAGACCCACCCCCAUUGCUGGCAGCUCACAGCACCCACCUGAGCCACCUCCCUCCCUUAAAACAUCUCAGGUCAGCAGUGCCACGGAGAGGUGAGUGGCUUACAGAAAGAAAAAAAAAAAAUUUAGGGGCAAACUGCUGCUGGAAGGGCACUGGGGGUGCCCGGCAUGGGGCAGGGGUGCACUUGGCAUCUUUGUGCUCUCAGACGCCUCUGGGACAGUAAUGCAGUUUUCUUGGCUCAGUGCUUAGUUUUGGGGAGAUGGCCGCCUUCUCCUCCCCCUCCCCUUGUCCCCCACUCCCUUAGGGACACCCUUCCUGCGUGCAUGUGUGUGUGUGUGUGGUUGCACAUCCAUAGCUUGCCAUGGGGUGAGGGGCUGAGGGGUCUGGGUAGCUUCGACUAUGGGGCAAGCACAGCCGCCUCCUUCCCAGCUCUCUGGUGUAUGCAGGGUCUCGUAUACAAAGCACAAACUUCAGUUUUGGUCUUCUCCACCAUCCCCUGGCCCAGUGGGCUCCUGCAGCCCUGGGAGAGGUGAGGCAGAGGGUGGUGGGAUGGGAAUGGUGUGCACCAGGGCUGGGCCUGAGCUGACUCCAGGGGAACUUUGCUUGUGAUGACAUUCCAGGAAUUACCAGCAUCUUAAAGGAUUUAUUGCAAAGCUGAGUUGAGGACAGCAGGUUGCCAGCUGUCCUCAUGGGCAGGGCAGGAGGCAACAGGCAGCUCCCUGGGCACCUGCUUGGUGGGAGCUGCCAGAGCUGCUGUUCCUCCUCUGCACUGGGGAGGGACAUUUUCCACCUUUCUUGCUGCCGAUGUUGCGGUGGGGACAGGGUUCCUCCCUAAGUGGGGAGAGGAGCAGGCCAAAUCUGGUGCUACACUGGACAGCUGAGGUCCUGGGGAUCUGGGAGACCCACCACGUGCUGCCCCAGCCCAGGCAGGCAUGGGGACUCUCCUGGGACCCUGCAGCCCAUCUCACUGCCAACCCGCAGCCCAGCUCACCGAGGGGCCACAGUGAUGCUGGCUCAGGCCCCAGGCAUCCCAGGACACGCAGUCAGCUUGGCCAAGGCAAACUUUGAUUCCUUUUUUUUCUUUCUUUUCCUCUCUUUUUUUUUUGGGAAAUAAACUAAAACUGUAGACUUAUCAUAGAAUCAUAGAAUCAUAGAAUCCUAGGGGUUGGAAGGGACCUCGAAAGAUCAUCUAGUCCAACCCCCCCUGCCAGAGCAGGGCCACCUAGAGUACAUCGCGCAGGAACGUGUCCAAGCGGGUUUUGAAUGUCUCCAGUGAAGGAGACUCCACAACCUCCCUGGGCAGCCUGUUCCAGGGCUCUGUCACCCUUACAGUAAAAAAAUUUUUUCGAAUAUUCAACUUGAACCUCCUAUGCUCCAAUUUACACCCAUUACCCCUUGUCCUAUCACUGGUAAUCACUGAGAAAAGCCUAACUCCAUCUCCCUGACACUCGCUCCUUACAUAUUUGAAAACAUUGAUGAGGUCACCCCUCAGUCUCCUUUUCUCCAAACUAAAGAGACCCAGCUCCCUCAGCCUUUCCUCAUAAGGGAGAUGUUCCACUCCCUUAAUCAUCUUCGUAGCUCUGCGCUGGACUCUUUCAAGCACUUCCCUGUCCUUCUUGAACUGAGGGGCCCAGAACUGGACACAAUACUUACAACUCCAGUGUGGUUCCCACUGUCUGACCCUGUGUCAACCUUUGUAACAUUGGCAAUAAACCAUUAAAAG